GUUCAAUCCCUGGUACCAAAAAAAACCCCAACGAAAACAAAUGAACAAAAAGCCCCCAACAGCAACAAUAAACAUGUCAUGCCUCUUGUGUACUGGGAUCUAUACACUAGCAAAUAAGUUGCUAAACUGCCCAGGCUGGGGCUGGAACUUGUGAUCCUCCUGCCUCAGCCUACCCAGUGCUGGGAUUAUAGGCGUGCACCACCAUGCCCAGCAGGUUUGAACUCUGGGGCAAACCAUCUCUCCUGGGUGUUCUGAACCUUCACCCAAAAGUGUGGCAAAACUAAAGACAGAAAAGUCCUCCUAGGACACAAAGCAUCCAAGUGUGUGGAAAAACCCAGGUUCCAACAGGGCUCCCUGCGGCCCUUGGCGACCGCAUGCCCACCCUGCCCUCCAAAUUUCCACACUUGGCCCCUUCUGCUUCUCCAAGAGCCUGGCUAUGUAGCCUAGGGUGGCCUCGAACUUGCGGUGAUCCUCCUGCCUCAGCCUCCUGGGAUGCCAGGCGUGCACCUCCACACGGCUAAGAGAAAAUGGUUUUUUAUUCACCCCACUGGCAAGGGGGCACCCGGUGGGUCCCCCAACUCUGCUCACGGCGGAGCAGGGGAGUCCGGGGAAAGGCCCGGCCGCCCGCGUCCCCACCCGACUGGGCUGAGCUGCGCCCGCGGAGGUGAUCUCUGCCAGUCCCCGCGGGGUGCGGGUGUGGGGACCGGGACGCCCCGCUCUGCCCUCCCCGUGGCGCCGAAGCCACCUUCGCUCAGCUCCGAGCCCCGAGGGCGUGGCCCUCAGACUCCGCCCCCGGAGCACCGCCGGCGCCGCGCUGAUUGGGCGGCGGAUUGUGACGUCGGGGACUGCGGCGGGCCCGGCUGCUGCAGCUGCCGCAGCGCUGGCCGCGGCUCGGGCUCCGGCGCCCGGGCACUUAAAGGGGACGCGGUGGCAGCGGCGGCCGGCGGGAGGAGGGAUGGGGACAGGUGGGGGGGCCGUCAGGACUCACAUCGUCCACAGUCCCUGGGGCCCGGAGGGCGUCCUGAGCCCGAGCCCAGGAAUCCGGGGGCGGCUGAGACACCGCGUCCCCGACCCCCGCAAGCACCCUGCGCCCACAAACCGUAGCUGCCCCCACUCCUGAGCCUCCGAACUCAGCCGGGACGGACCCCGCUGCGCCGCCCCACCUGCCACCCGCUGCCCGGGCUCGGCUCCUCUCUGCUUGGCCACCGGGCAGGGACGCUCCGGAGGUGACUUCAAGUCCCAGGCACCCUCCCCCCGCACCAGGGCACGGGUCGUUGCAGGUCGUUGCCCCCCGCUGGCCGGGACAGCAAGCUGCCAGCCUCCAGGCAACUCGGGGAGCAGGAGGGCGAGCCCCGGAGACCCCUGAGUUCGAACCCUGACUUUGUUGCUGCGCAACCCCCACGAUGUCAGCAUGGGCUCUCUGAGCCGCCCCUCGUUCCUGUUUGCUGUAUAGGUUUGGGGAACUAGGAGGGAGCAGCUCCGAGAUCGCGCCUUUGAGACUUUGCUGACCACCAAGGGAUCCGGGUCAUUCAGGACAAAGCUGCAGGAGGAGCUGAGUAGAAGCCAGGAGUCCCUAGAGCUGGUGCCCAGGGUGACCCAGUGACCAUGAGCAGCUGUCUUCCUGUCACCAGGCUCCGAUGCCUGACCAAAGUGUGUCUCUGCCUGGCUCGGAAGGCUCCCAUCUUCCCCAGCCUUCCUGCUGCCCGCUUGCUUCGGAUUCUGGCAGAAACCCCGCCCACUCACCUGCUCCUCCCGGGGAAUUGGUCUCGGACGUGCCGGUGCCCCUGGCCGCGGCCUAACCAGCCCCUCCCCGGCCGGCUGGCGCCGUGCCACCUCUCGCUUGUCUCCUCCUGCUGCUCCUGUCCCCCCCACUCCCAGGACGGCAGGAUGGCCGCGCAGGGCACGCCGCGCUUCCUCCUGACGUUCGACUUCGACGAGACCAUCGUGGACGAGAACAGCGAUGACUCGAUCGUGCGCGCGGCGCCGGGCCAGCAGCUGCCCGAGAGCCUGCGGGCCACCUACCGCGAGGGCUUCUACCACGAGUACAUGCAGCGCGUGUUCCGGUACCUGGGCGAGCAGGGCGUGCGGCCGCGGGACCUGCGCGCCAUCUACGAGGCCAUCCCGUUGUCACCAGGCAUGGGCGACCUGCUGCAGUUCGUGGCCAAGCAGGGCUCCUGCUUCGAGGUCAUCCUCAUCUCCGACGCCAACACCUUUGGCAUUGAGAGCGCGCUGCGCGCCGCCGGCCACCACGGCCUGUUCCGCCGCAUCCUGAGCAACCCGUCGGGGCCCGACGCGCAGGGCCAGCUGGCCCUGCGCCCCUUCCACGCGCACGGCUGCACGCGCUGCCCCGCCAACAUGUGCAAGCACAAGGCCCUCAGCGAGUACCUGCGCGAGCGCGCCCGCGAUGGCGUGCACUUCGAGCGCCUCUUCUACGUGGGCGACGGCGCCAACGACUUCUGCCCCAUGGGGCUGCUGGCGGGCGGCGACGUGGCCUUCCCGCGCCGCGGCUACCCCAUGCACCGGCUCAUCCAGGAGGCGCAGAAGGCCGAGCCCAGCUCCUUCCGCGCCUGCGUGGUGCCCUGGGAGUCGGCGGCCGACGUGCGCCUGCACCUGCAGCAGGUGCUCAAGGCGUGCUGAGCCGCGCGGCCGGCAGGGGGCGCGCGCGGGGCGGGACGGCGCCCGAGGCUCUGUCCCCUUUCUGUCCCGCCCCUUCCUGCUCUGUGCGGCUGCGUCCCUCGGGGGCGGGGAGCGUGUCCGGAGGGGUCUCUGUCUAUGCAGUUAACCCAACCCGGAUGCCCACCCCCAUCCUAUGCCAAAGGAUUUGGAGCCUGGCCCCGGGAGAGGCGUUUCCAAAACACCCUGUCUUCCGAGCUGGGAGGAAGGGCUGAGAAAGGGCAUUUCCGGCGUCUCAUAGCUUUAACUACUGGGCACGGAGGCGCACGCGCGUCAUCCCGGCACUCGGGAGGCUGAGGCAGGAGGAUCUCUUCGAGUUCAAGGCCAGCCUGAAUGGCAGUGCCUUAGGCUGCAAAACCUCUCCCCUUCCCAAGAGGACCUCAGGUCGCCCAAAUACUCGAGGCCCCCUCAAUCCUGCAACAGCCACUACAACCCUGCACAAUUUCUGUGCUUGCUACGCCUUCUUGCCUUCCCCCGCCCACCCCAGCACCCGCCAGAGAAAAUAAAGUCGGGACACCGUCGCCCCCUGGUGGUGGCACGAGAUAGUGCAA